AUGCCACACUCAUCGCGGAGACCGCGCAAACCGUAUCAUCCAAAACGAAUCAUAUCGGAGUCCGAAGAUGGCUGGUCCAGAGUCGAGCACACAGCACCACCACGAUACGGCAGGACGGCUGCAGUAGACAGUUCGCUCCCGCCAGUCGACAGAUCGCUCACAGCGCAGAAGCUACUGGACGAACACAAUCGAUGCAAACAGCAGUGGGUAGAGAGCGACGCGCGUCGAUGGCUCCAACAGCUGUUGGCAAGGCAGAUGACCGAGGGAGGAUGGUCUUUGAACAAGGCCAUCUGUGUCGCUCUGGGCAGUCCGAGUCUGUCAUGGGCAAACCGUCACAGGAGUGUGUGGCAGCUGGUCAUGUUCAUGGACCUGGUAGACUUGGUGCGACCAAAACUUAACCACGCCAACGAAUUCAAGCUCUAUGCUCAAGAGCCUCGCUUCACAUCGCUCGACAGGGAAUUUCUGCAAUCUCUUGACAUCGCCGUCCUAGACCCUCCACAGGCCGAAGAGCUGGUAGAUCAGUCGACGCUUAUCUUCAUACCCUGCAUAGAGUGGCUCCUCGAACUGCCUUUCAUGCUGGUUGCGAAAACAUCGCCGCUCUACGUCAGCUCGUCCAUGCACUGGAUCAUCGACGAGGCCGAGCGCUCCCGCAAUCGACUUGUCGCCGACGUGAACAACAAACCUCCGGUGCUGAAAGAAUGCGAUGAUGCCAUAGCCGCCGCGAAGGCUGUCCUCGAUACACACGACGAAAACAAGAUGCCAGAAGCUGAUUUCGCCGAUGGCCACAGUCUCGCCUUGACCAUCUAUACCCUCAAGCAUCAAGACGAAGAUUGA